GCACGCAUCAUGUACAAAUUUGAACACGAAAUAUCGCCGUCUGAAUUAUGACUUUAGAUUAUGUAUACCUUGAAGUCAUUGUAGCAGUGGUAUUUCUACCAUUGUUUGCACGAGGUUUCUUAUUGAAUGGCAAUAUUACAACAAAUUCACCAGAUUUUCAACGGAAUCCGACAGUAGCAGCUGUAGCUCCUACGAAGAAUGUGCCAGUGACAUUGUACGUAAAUAUUUCGUCUACAUCAUCACUUGUAUGUGAAGAUACAAUAGAUACGUGCAGUCAGUAUGGAAGAACACCAUGUACCGAGAAGACCUACGAGGCCUGGGCAAAAUCACACUGUGCUCUAUACUGUGGAUUAUGCACACCACCAAUUUCAGCGAACCAACUUUGUGAAAAUAAACUAUCAAACUGUGCCGAAUUUGAUUCUGGCAAUCUUUGUACUGAUGAUAGAUAUUACACGUGGGCGUAUGACAACUGCAAAGGAUAUUGCAAAUUUGAUAUCUGUAAUGAUAGCUGGUGUGACGACAGUAAAGGUGUAAAUUGCCCACUUCUUGACUCGGCAAUCAACCUUUGCUCAUUCCAAAAGCUAAAAGCAUCUGUAGAAAGUACUGCAAUCUUUGUAAUGUCACUGACGGAAAGUGGUGUUCAUGGGGUCCUUGGAACAACUGUGAUGUCACAUGCGGGAAUGGAACGCAAGUACGAACAAGACAAUGCGCUUGUCCGAAGCCUCAAAAUGGAGGCAUCGAUUGUGUUUGAGACAUUGAAAAGACAACAACAUGUUCACUAAACCGCUGUCCAGUGCAGGGUGGUUGGAGCACGUGGUCUGACUGGGGUACCUGCAGUACAUCUUGUGGGAUAGGAUUAAGAAGACGAGACAGGCACUGUAAUAAUCCAUACCCAUCAUUGUUUGGAGACCACUGUUUCGGUGAAAACAUAAACUAUGAUGUUUGUGCGGAUCAUAUGUGCACAAGCGGUAAAUGGACAGAAUGGGGAGAAUGGGAUGCCUGUAGUAUGACUUGUGGCGUCGGUCUGAGAAGAAGAGAACGUAACUGCACUGUGUCAAGUUUACUUCUUCAAACAUGCGCAGGAGAUUCGUUUGAAAUUGAAAUAUGUCCUACAAUUGAUUGCCCAGGGAUGGUGGACACAUAUACACUGGUUCACAUUUUGGACAAGGAACAUUGCCUAUACUUUUGGACGACGUAGUGUGUUCCGGCUCGGAGAUGAGCCUUGAGGACUGUUCUCAUCGUUCUUGGGGCACAAGCAACUGUGGUAUCGGCGACGAAGUUGGAGUUUCGUGUAUACUAAAUCUGCACAUCCGUCUUGUUGGAGGAAGCACUUCCCAUAGAGGACGCGUGGAGGUGACUAUCGACGGUAGUCAUUGGGGUAUAGUGUGUGACGAUAGAUUUAAUAACAACGCCGCUAAAGUUGUGUGCAGAAUGUUAGGCUAUCCAACUUCAAAUGCACGAUAUAACACCAGUGUCAGUCGAGGCACUGGACCAGUAUUCCUUGAUGAAGUAAAUUGUACUGGGUCAGAAACAUCCUUGCUCUUGUGUAAACACAACAGAUGGGGUGAUGAUGAUUGCCACCACGAUGAAGAUGUCGGGGUUGUGUGUGCUUAGAAAUGGGAAUAUAAUAUCAACUCUAUAACACUUUCAAUUAUUUCUUAUCUAUCAAAAUAAUAUUUGUAGAAUAUUGCUUGCUUAAAUAUUUUGUUGUUAUUAAUAUGGCCAACAUUUACAUUUACGCAUGUCAAUAUGCAGUACUUUAAAUUGAAAUUAUGCUUUACUGACUUUUUCAUACAAAACAGAAACAAAUCAAGUCAUUAUAUAGCUAGCCAGAUGACAUUGAGAUCGCUAGUAAGGUAUUCGAUGAUUUUAUUUCCGUAAAUGGUACAAAUAAAAUGUUUGUGAAACGCCU